AUGAGUGAGGGACGGAUGGAGUCAGAGGAGAGGGAGCGCAGGGAUGAGGAGGUGGGCGACAGAGAUCGGAGCAGGAAGCAAGGCGGGAGCCGCGGCCCUUCGGAAGGCAACUCAGGCGGGCAGGAGGAGGAGCAGCGAGAUCUUUCUCACGCCAGGAGAGCCAGCGCGAGCAGUAGCCGGGUUGACGACGGCCUGCAGCAGAGCAACAGAGACCGCAACGACGCAGGGGACGAAUGCAAUGGCGGCGAAAGGAGGUUCGGCAGCCAGCGUCGUAGCGGCAGCGGAGCUCGUCCACGGCAGCGAGGAGGCGAUACAGAUACCCUGUAUAUUAGCAAUCUGCCUCUACGCUGCGGAGCACUGGAGCUACGACGCAUUUUCGAGGAAGUUGGAGAGGUCAAAGACUGCAGAAUUGUCAACAACCCUGUUUCAAGAGAAUCUCGUGGUUUUGCAUUCUUGUCGUUCGUGGACCCUAGCCACGCAGCAGUGGCCAUAGAGCGUUUCGACAACAAAAUGAUCUUUGGUGAUGGCGCCAGGCCAGUUAGGGUGGAGAGGGCUAAACGCAACAAGCCCCAUAACCCAACACCAGGCUUUUAUAAAGGGCCUCCGGGUGCCAGUAUUAAGUAUGAUAAGUCGGGUCGAUUGAAGCCAGGAUUCCUGCCGUAUUACGCUGUUGCACCUGGUGCAUCUCGGGAGUUCAUUCCGCCCAGCCCUUUCGGAAUGGACUACGGCUCCGGUGCGAGGAGCCAUUCCGGUGGUCGCUGGGAGGAGCGCGACUGGGGUGCGAGAGGUGGAUACGACCCUUCACGGUACUAUGACCGUAUGGACUAUUCCGCGCAUGCGAGACAGCCAAUGGAUUUCAGAAGUGCGAAUCCUGGAGAGUUUUCGUAUGAUAUGCGGAUGGACAGAGGAUACGAUAUGAGGGCUAGUCGAGGAGGAUAUGAAGCCCGUGGCGCACCUCCGUAUGACCGCGGCGCUCCCGUGUAUGAUGCUCGUGGCUAUGAUAGAACUGGCUAUGAUGCCAAGUGGCAGCAAUACGAAGACCCCAGAGGAGAUGGAAGGUAUGUUGGUUAUUGUGACUACUACGGAGGGAACAGUGGAGCCGGCGCCGCAUAUGAUGUUAAUCCCCGUGUAGACAGCCGCGAAGUCAAACCCGUCGGAAGAGAAAGGUCAAGAUCGUGA